GCAAUGCGUUAUAGCGUUACGUCACAAAAAAAUCAGCUGUUUCAAACGCCGUGUUGUAAAGAGCUAAAUAGAAAUGAAUUUCUUGAAAAAGAUGACCACGCAAGUGGUUCCAUUGGCUGAGGCACAAAUCAGCUUGAGCAGCAAAUCUUCCAUACACACUAGCGCCGUUUGUUGUCGGGUGCAGUCUGGACGUUACCGCAUAACCACAAAGCGCGAUCGUCCACUGACCUACGAAAUGGCUAAUCCCCCGCAUUUUAUUGGACAUCGCAAAUCAUGGAACUCUUGGAACACAUCCACGAUGAAGGAUGCCUUGCGUCCAUCGCAAACUGCAAUUGAGGAUGUGUUUAUACGCAAAUUUAUAACUGGCACCUGGCAUGCACUUGUGGUCUCCGAAAUCAUUAUCAAGCGACAACAUAAUACUAUCCGAAUUGCCUCCAUCAUUCGCCAGGCCAUAAGCCCACGCAAGAUGUACUUCCUUAUUGGAUAUACGGAGGAGCUGCUUUCAUAUUGGAUGCAGUGCCCCGUCACGCUGGAACUACAAACGGUAGCUGACAAAAAGGACGUGGUAUUUAAGUACAUUUAGUGGCUUAAAUUAUUUACUUUUAUUAAAUACAAAAUUGUUAAAA